UCUCGCUCUUCCUUCUUUUAUGAAGCACCAUAGCGGCUGCUUCUCACACUCGUUUUCUUUCUCGACAACAAACUCGGCUCGACGCAUCACCAAACUAAACGCUGCUUGCCUCUGAGCGUCAUCAAUUGUACUUUCCCUUGGCAUUGAAAGCUUGGCGAUCGAUCCUCCGCGCCAAGAUGAGAUCCGCCGCCUUGGUAUCCGUCUUGGCAACCGUCCUCGGCCUGGGGGCUGCGAAGCCGACGACGACGGUGCCAGAGCCGCCCAGCAAACGGGCGUCAGUGCCGACUGUCACGGUGUCUGGAAAUGCGUUCUGGCAGGGCGACACGCGCUUCUACGUCCGGGGCAUUGACUACCAGCCGGGUGGCUCCUCGGCGAUGGCCGAUCCCCUGGCUGAUACCACGGUCUGCAAGCGAGACAUUGCCGAGUUCAAGAAGUUGGGCGUCAACACAAUCCGCGUCUACACGGUCGACAACUCGGCCAAUCACGACGAGUGCAUGAAGGAGCUGGCCGACGCCGGCAUCUACGUCGUCAUCGACGCCAACAACCCGCUCUACUCGCUCAACCGCCUCGACCCGGCCCCCUCGUACAACACCAAGUACCUCCAGAGCGUCUUUGCCACCAUUGACGAGUUCAUCAAGUACGACAACACGCUGGCCUUCUUCUCGGGCAACGAGGUCAUCAACGAUAAUGUCAAGAGCACGCUUGCCGCCCGCUAUGUCAAGGCUGUCACUCGUGAUAUGCGCUCCUACAUCAAGAGCCGCGGCUACCGCUCCGUUCCGGUGGGCUACUCGGCGGCGGACGUGGCCCAGAACCGCAUGCAGCUUGCACAUUACAUGAACUGCGGCACCGAGGACGAGCGGAGCGACUUCUUCGCUUUUAACGACUACUCUUGGUGCAACACCAACUUCGAAGAGGCUGGUUGGGACCAGAAGGUCAAGAACUUCACCGGCUACGGCAUCGCCAUCUUUCUCUCCGAAUAUGGCUGUAUCACAAACGGCCGCGACUUUGGCGAGGUCGCGGCCCUCAUGAGCGACAAGAUGACGCCCGUGUACUCGGGCGGCCUGAUGUACGAGUACUCGCUCGAGGCCAACGGCUACGGUAUCGUCAAAAUUGAUAGCCCCGACGCCACCAGCGUGGAGGAGCAGAAGGAGUUUUCCAAAUUCGCCAAGGCGCUGAAGGAGAACCCCGCACCCAAGGGCGACGGCGGCUUCACGUCGACCACGCACGCCGUUGCCUGCCCGACCAAGGAUGCCAACUGGUUGGUGGACAGCACGCUCCUGCCGGCCAUUCCGGACGAUGCGAAGAAGUUCAUGUCUGAAGGCGCGGGCCGCGGCCCCGGGCUGAAGGGUGAGGGGUCGCAGAAUGCAGCCGAAGGGACCAGCACGGGCGAUGCCACCCCAGGCUCCGGCAAGGUGACCGGCACGCCGUCACACAGCGGCGAUUCCGAUGACGAAUCGAACGCGGCGAGCGUGGACGCGACGCCGUUCAUUCUUACAGGGCUGGUGGCGGCGCUGACUCUCGCCGGAACUCUGCUCUUGUAAGCGGGGUGUGCCCCUAAGUUGUUGCUCGCUACGGGAUGAGCUUUCGUCGGUUUGGCUUGAGAGCAACAGUAAUAUCGCGUUGCUUGGCGAGUGGGCGUCGAAUUUACAACCAUUCUGCGAGUAUGGUGUCAUUCUGAGUGUCAUUCUGGAGUGUCUGUGCCGUCCAACUUCCUGUUUCGUCUAGACUUGAGCCUUUUUUUAAUACAGCGUUUCUUUCUUUCUUUCUUUUUUUAUUUUUUAUUUUCUGCUGUACCUUUCGAUUCAAAACAAUCAGAUAUUAAAGAUCUCCUCCAU